GGUAGACACAUAGGUCUUCAUAGCUUGUACAUUCAUGAAGAUCCCUUUCUCAUAGUUAUCUUUAAUAAUUGUCCUGGAAAAUAUGCACAUUUAUGGAAGAUUAAGGAUGACAGGGGUGACAAUAAUUCUCCUAACUGGAAUUCUAGCAUUGGGACAAUGUGUGGACCAUGAACAUGUUCUAGAGAAUGUGGCCUUGAGAGGAAAGGCAGUUCAAUCUUCGACAUAUGGUACUGGUCAUCCCCAGAGGGCUGUUGAUGGAAACCGCAAUGCUGCGUAUCCAGAUGGAACCUGCAGCCACACUCAAGGGGAAACUAACCCCUGGUGGAGAGUGGACCUGCUGGGUGUGUUCAGAGUGUCCUCAGUGAUCAUCACAAACAGAGGGGAUUUCUUGUCUGAGAGCAUCAAUGAGAGAAUCAAAGGAGCUGAGAUUCACAUUGGGAACUCACUGAAGGACAAUGGCAAUGACAACCCGAUGUGUGCCAUGAUCUCAGCCAUUCCAGCAUGGGAACCCAUACGUUUUAAUUGCAGUGGGAUGGUGGGUCGUUACAUCAAUGUUUUUCUCCAAGGAUACAACCAAUUCCUGACUCUCUGUGAAGUGGAAGUGUAUGCGAGUCCCGUUCCUGUAGAAGACAUCAAACUAACUUCCACCUUGGGACCCAGUACAACUACUACCCCAACAGAAAACGUUGCUUUGGGGAAAAAGGCAAGCCAAUCGUCAACCAGCUUCUCGGGCCAGGCCAACAGAGCCAUUGAUGGGAAACACAGUUCUUGGUUUCAUAUGGGAUCUUGCAGUCAGACCCAUACUGAAGCUGACCCCUGGUGGAGAGUGGACUUGCUGGAAUCCCAUAAUGUCACCUCUAUAACCAUCACCAACAGAGAUGACUGCUGUGCGGAGAUGAUCGAUGGAGCUGAGCUCCGCAUCGGCACCUCCCUAGAAAACAACGGCAACAACAAUCCACUAUGCGCUGUGGUUUCCUCUUUCCCCGCAUGGGACAUCCUCACCUUUCAGUGUCAUGAGAUGGAGGGACGUUACGUCAACAUCUUCCUCCCAGGCUGCCAUAAAUACCUGACGCUGUGUGAAGUGGAAGUCAAUGCAGUACCUGUUCCUGUAAUUAAAUCAACUUCCCAACCUGAAAUUACAACUGAAAAUCCAGACUCUGAGAUGACUGAGGAAGAUCCACUCACAGAACCCAGAGGUGGAAACAGGGGCAUGAAUUGUUCUGAUAAAGAUACAGCUCCGAAAAAUGCUGCUGCUGGUGGGAGGGCCACCCAGUCAACGCAGUGGGACCGUUUUGGGGAUGCAAACAAUGCCAUUGACAGGAAGCGCAAAGCAGUGUAUUUAAAGGGAUCCUGCAGCCACACAAAAGCUGAAACAAACCCCUGGUGGAGAGUGGAUCUGCUGGAAUCUCACAAGAUCACAUCUGUGGCCAUUACUAAUAGAGAGGACUGCUGUUCUGAGAGGAUCAAUGGAGCUGAGAUCCACAUCGGGAACUCCCUGAAAAACCAUGGCAACAAUAAUCCAGUGUGUGCUGUGAUUCCCUACAUCCCAGCAGGGCAAACCAGGACCUAUCAGUGCGAUGGGAUGGAGGGACGCUAUGUCAGCAUUGUUCUCCCUGGGAAAGAGAAACAGCUGACUCUCUGUGAGGUGGAGUUGAACACCAAUGUGACUUAUACUGAGAAUGUGGCUUUGAAGGGAAAGGCUUCUCAGUCAUCACAGUAUAGUUGUAUAUCUGAAGCCCAGAAUGCUAUUGACGGCAGUCGUGACUCAGCAUAUGUCUCUAAGUCCUGCACACACACUACAAUCGAGGCUGAUCCCUGGUGGAGCGUAGACCUGCUCAGUGUGUACAGAGUGUCGUCAGUGACUAUCACUAACAGAGGAGACUGUUGUCCUGACAGGAUCAAUGGAGCUCAAAUACGCAUUGGGAACUCAAACAAAAACAAGGGAAACAACAACCCAGUGUGUGCCGUGGUGUCCACCAUCCCAGCAGGAGAGUCCAUCACCUUUCAGUGUCAUGGGAUGGUGGGACGCUAUGUAAAUGUCAUCCAGCCAGGCUGCUUUAAAACCCUUACUCUGUGUGAGGUGGAAGUUUAUGCAAGCCCUAUUCCUGAGAACAUAGUGAUGGAUCCAGUGACCAAUGAUGGAGAUAACCUGAGGAAGUCACAAUGUUCACUCAAAGUACCAGAUAAUGCGGCAACCAGAGGAAAUGCAGCUCAGUCUUCAACUGGAAAUGACGGUGGUGCAGAGAAGGCCAUUGACGGAAACCGCAGCCCAUUCUAUCAAAAUAAAUCGUGUACUCACACUUUAGCUGAAAGAAACCCCUGGUGGAGAGUGGAUCUCCUUAGAGAACACAGAGUCACCUCAGUCACUAUCACAAACAGAGUGGACUGCUGUGCUUACAGGCUCGAUGGAGCACAGAUCCAUGUAGGGAACUCUCGGAAAAACAAUGGCAAUGACAACCCAAUCUGUGCUGUGAUUUCCCACAUAGAAGGAGAUUCCAUCACCUUCAAGUGCCAUGAGAUGCAGGGACGUUAUGUAAAUGUGUUCCUCCCUGGGAACGAUAAGGUCUUGACUCUUUGUGAGGUAGAGGUAAAUGGAAACGCAAUUCCCAAUGAUACUGCAGAAACCAGAGGAAAAGCAACUCAGUCUUCAACUAGAUGGGACGGUGGUGCAGAGAAGGCCAUUGACGGAAACCGCAGCCCAUUCUAUCAAAAUAAAUCGUGUACUCACACUUUAGCUGAAAGAAACCCCUGGUGGAGAGUGGAUCUCCUUAGAGAACACAGAGUCACCUCAGUCACUAUCACAAACAGAAUGGACUGUUGUGCUUAUAGGCUCGAUGGAGCACAGAUCCAUGUAGGGAACUCUCGGGAAAACAAUGGCAAUGACAACCCAAUCUGUGCUGUGAUUUCCCACAUAGAAGGAGAAUCCGUCACCUUCAAGUGCCAUGAGAUGCAGGGACGUUAUGUAAAUGUGUUCCUCCCUGGGAACGAUAAGUACUUGACUCUUUGUGAGGUAGAGGUAAAUGGAAGUGCAAUUCCCAAUGUUCAUACCUUACAUAAUGCAGCAACCAGAGGAAAAGCAACUCAGUCUUCAACUGGAUGGGACGGUGGUGCAGAGAAGGCUAUUGACAGAAACCGCAGCCCAUUUUAUGAUGAUAAAUCGUGUACUCACACUUUAGCUGAAAGAAACCCCUGGUGGAGAGUGGAUCUCCUUAGAGAACACAGAGUCACCUCAGUCACUAUCACAAACAGAGUGGACUGCUGUGCUUACAGGCUCGAUGGAGCACAGAUCCAUAUAGGGAACUCUGAGGAAAACAAUGGCAAUGACAACCCAGUCUGUGCUGUGAUUUCCCACAUAGAAGGAGAAUCCGUCACCUUCAAGUGCCAUGAGAUGCAGGGACGUUAUGUAAAUGUGUUCCUCCCUGGGAAUGAUAAGUACUUGACUCUUUGUGAGGUAGAGGUAAAUGGAAGUGCAAUUCCCAAUGAUAUUGCAGCAACCAGAGGAAAAGCAACUCAGUCUUCAACUGGAUGGGACGGUGGUGCAGAGAAGGCCAUUGACGGAAACCGCAGCCCAUUCUAUCAAAAUAAAUCGUGUACUCACACUUUAGCUGAAAGAAACCCCUGGUGGAGAGUGGAUCUCCUUAGAGAACACAGAGUCACCUCAGUCACUAUCACAAACAGAGUGGACUGCUGUGCUUACAGGCUCGAUGGAGCACAGAUCCAUGUAGGGAACUCUCGGAAAAACAAUGGCAAUGACAACCCAAUCUGUGCUGUGAUUUCCCACAUAGAAGGAGAAUCCGUCACCUUCAAGUGCCAUGAGAUGCAGGGACGUUAUGUAAAUGUGUUCCUCCCUGGGAACGAUAAGUACUUGACUCUUUGUGAGGUAGAGGUAAAUGGAAGUGCAAUUCCCAAUGUUCAUACCUUACAUAAUGCAGCAACCAGAGGAAAAGCAACUCAGUCUUCAACUGGAUGGGACGGUGGUGCAGAGAAGGCCAUUGACAGAAACCGCAGCCCAUUUUAUGAUGAUAAAUCGUGUACUCACACUUUAGCUGAAAGAAACCCCUGGUGGAGAGUGGACCUCCUUAGAGAACACAGAGUCACCUCAGUCACUAUCACAAACAGAGUGGACUGCUGUGCUUACAGGCUCGAUGGAGCACAGAUCCAUAUAGGGAACUCUGAGGAAAACAAUGGCAAUGACAACCCAGUCUGUGCUGUGAUUUCCCACAUAGAAGGAGAAUCCGUCACCUUCAAGUGCCAUGAGAUGCAGGGACGUUAUGUAAAUGUGUUCCUCCCUGGGAACGAUAAGUACUUGACUCUUUGUGAGGUAGAGGUAAAUGGAAGUGCAAUUCCCAAUGUUCAUACCUUACAUAAUGCAGCAACCAGAGGAAAAGCAACUCAGUCUUCAACUGGAUGGGACGGUGGUGCAGAGAAGGCCAUUGACGGAAACCGCAGCCCAUUUUAUGAUGAUAAAUCGUGCACUCACACUUUAGCUGGAAGAAACCCCUGGUGGAGAGUGGAUCUCCUUAGAGAACACAGAGUCACCUCAGUCACUAUCACAAACAGAAUGGACUGUUGUGCUUACAGGCUCGAUGGAGCACAGAUCCAUGUAGGGAACUCUGAGGAAAACAAUGGCAAUGACAACCCAGUCUGUGCUGUGAUUUCCCACAUAGAAGGAGAUUCCGUCACCUUCAAGUGCCAUGAGAUGCAGGGACGUUAUGUAAAUGUGUUCCUCCCUGGGAACGAUAAGUACUUGACUCUUUGUGAGGUAGAGGUAAAUGGAAGUGCAAUUCCCAAUGUUCAUACCUUACAUAAUGCAGCAACCAGAGGAAAAGCAACUCAGUCUUCAACUGGAUGGGACGGUGGUGCAGAGAAGGCCAUUGACAGAAACCGCAGCCCAUUUUAUGAUGAUAAAUCGUGUACUCACACUUUAGCUGAAAGAAACCCCUGGUGGAGAGUGGACCUCCUUAGAGAACACAGAGUCACCUCAGUCACUAUCACAAACAGAGUGGACUGCUGUGCUUACAGGCUCGAUGGAGCACAGAUCCAUAUAGGGAACUCUGAGGAAAACAAUGGCAAUGACAACCCAGUCUGUGCUGUGAUUUCCCACAUAGAAGGAGAAUCCGUCACCUUCAAGUGCCAUGAGAUGCAGGGACGUUAUGUAAAUGUGUUCCUCCCUGGGAACGAUAAGUACUUGACUCUUUGUGAGGUAGAGGUAAAUGGAAGUGCAAUUCCCAAUGUUCAUACCUUACAUAAUGCAGCAACCAGAGGAAAAGCAACUCAGUCUUCAACUGGAUGGGACGGUGGUGCAGAGAAGGCCAUUGACGGAAACCGCAGCCCAUUUUAUGAUGAUAAAUCGUGUACUCACACUUUAGCUGAAAGAAACCCCUGGUGGAGAGUGGACCUCCUUAGAGAACACAGAGUCACCUCAGUCACUAUCACAAACAGAGUGGACUGCUGUGCUUACAGGCUCGAUGGAGCACAGAUCCAUAUAGGGAACUCUGAGGAAAACAAUGGCAAUGACAACCCAAUCUGUGCUGUGAUUUCCCACAUAGAAGGAGAUUCCGUCACCUUCAAGUGCCAUGAGAUGCAGGGACGUUAUGUAAAUGUGUUCCUCCCUGGGAACGAUAAGUACUUGACUCUUUGUGAGGUAGAGGUAAAUGGAAGUGCAAUUCCCAAUGGCCAUAAUGUAACGUCUAUUAAUCCUGGAAAUCUGGCAUUGAGGGGGAAUGCGUCUCAAUCGUCUGUAUUGGGAAAUGGAUUUGCUCUCAAUGCCAUUGAUGGAAACCAUGAUGGUGUUUAUUCUCACGGGUCCUGCAUCCACACUAAAAUGGAGGCUAAUCCCUGGUGGAGAGUGGACCUGGGGAGGAUGUGUAACAUCACAUCGGUGACUGUCACAAACAGACAGGACUGCUGUUCUGAGAGCAUCAACGGAGCUGAGAUCCGCAUUGGAAACUCUCUGUACUACAAAAGGAACCCUAUGUGUGAAAGGAUAUCCUCUAUACCAGCAGGAGCGACCGUCACCUUUCAGUGCGAAGUAAUAGCAGGCCGCUACAUCUAUAUUGUUCUUCCAGGAAGAGAGAAAUACCUGACUCUGUGUGAAGUGGAGGUGCAUGGCAUUGCUGCAAAUUCUCCUCAGUAACAACAGAGCCUUUCUCUUGUACAGAGGGUGGCGAUGAGGAGAUUAAAGCUACGUUUUACCAUAAAAUGCCAAGCCUAUGGCAACACAAGAGAUCCAAAAAGUGCAACUGAAUACUGAUGUUUGAAACGGUUAAUGAUGCCAUUUUAAUAAGAUCAACAAAAAAAGGUCAAUUUAUUGCAAUACAAUGGCCUGCUGCAUGUAGUGUCUCAUAGCCAAGCAGGUCAGAAAUAAAACCAAUACAAUGCUUCA